AUGGCAAAGCAUGAUUCUGGACGUCUUGCUGCGAUAGUGGUUUCUGUUGUCGGCUAUGGGAUAAGCUUGGUGUUCAAUGCGCUGUCAGUAGUUGGGAUCGGUCCUUAUGAUACCACUACAGCCAAUGUGUCUGCGGUGUUUGACACCCAGAUCACACCUUCAGGAUGGACCUUCAACAUCUGGAGCGUCAUCUAUGUCUGGCUCACAGCCAUGAUCGUCUACAUCGUCUCCGCUCUUUGCAGAAAGAAUGGUUAUGGCUACGUUUACUGCAACCCUCCAGUGCUACCUUAUGGAUUCUUCAUCAGCUGGUGCCUCAAUCUGUGUUUUAAUAUUGGCUGGCUGGUCGUGUGGGACAGAGGAAUGAUGAUCGCUGCACUGGUCUUUCUCAUCCUGGUCAUCUGCACAAACUACUCCAUGAUCUGCUUCAUCUGUCAUGGCCUUAAUGUUUACGGACCCUGGCUCAAGAAAUACCACAGAGUCGACCUGUGGCUCAUCCGUGUGUUGAUUCAAAACGGUGUGGCGAUAUACACAACAUGGACAACCAUCGCAACUCUGAUCAACCUGACCAUUGUACUGACGUAUGAAGUGAAGAUGUCUCCAACAGACGCUGCCACCAUCUCAUACUCUGUUUUAUCUGUUGUGUUGCUCGUAUGGUUUGUUUUGGAAAACUUGGUCCUUGACAAACAUGUGCGGUACAUCCUCAUCAUCUACCCUGUUGUGAUCUGGGCUCUGUCGGGAAACCUGGACAAAAACUAUGAUGAGGUGUCACCCGGAGUCAAUGGCAUCUUUAUUGUUGUGCUGCUGGCCGUCGCCUCUGUGCUGUUUGCCGUCAGGAUUUCUUUGGUGGUUUGGAGACACAUCAAACAGCCGCUCUACGAAGACGCCAGUGCAGAUGCCAUGGAGCCGAUGGAUAUCGCCCAGAAGCAGAAGAAGAUAUUUCGCUAA